AUCGGGCGAAUUUCUGGAGAAUUAUGUCAUGAUUUAGAGGAGUUUCUUCUGCAGAGUUGGCUGCUGUGGCGUUUUUACGUGUUCUGCCUGGUCUGCCUGGGCGUGUGUCUAUGCCGUUUCAAGUGAUCGCAAGUUUGUAGAUAAUAAGAGAAAGAAAGGGCGAAGAGCUGUGGACUACUCCAGUUGUGUUUGGUUUGGUUUGCUGGCGUGACACAAUGGACGGAGAAUUUUGUAACGAAGCGGAAAAAAUACUUCCUGAACCCGAAGAGGACUUGGAACUGACGGGAUGUGCUGCCAAGCCUUGCUGCAACCCAAGUCAUUCCCUGCAUCGGUUUAUGGCCCUUUUCCUUAUGUGUCUAGUUGGAUUUGGGUCAUAUUUCUGUUAUGAUAACCCAGGAGCUCUGCAGGAUAAUUUUAUAAGUGACAUGGGCUUGACAACAUCGCAGUUUGUAUACUUAUAUUCAUGGUAUUCUUGGCCAAAUGUUGUCCUGUGCUUUGUUGGUGGUUUCUUGAUUGACAGAGUUUUUGGAAUCCGUCUGGGGACGAUAAUAUAUGCAGCACUAUUAGUUAUUGGACAAAUAAUAUUUGCCCUUGGUGGAGUGUUUAACAGAUUCUGGUUAAUGGUGUUAGGGCGUUUUGUCUUUGGGAUUGGUGGUGAAUCAUUGGCAGUGGCACAGAAUAAUUAUGCAGUGCUCUGGUUUAAGGGCAAAGAGCUAAAUAUGGUAUUUGGUCUUCAGAUGAGCUUUGCUCGAGUUGGUUCAACUGUGAACUUCAAUGUGAUGGAGCCUCUGUACAAUUGGGUCAGCAAGUAUUACUCAGGGUACAUGUGUAUUGGAGUUGUGCUGAUAAUUGCAUCAACCACAUGUUUCAUGUCACUGAUAUGUGCUCUGUUACUUGCAUUCAUGGACAAAAGGGCUGAAAGGAUCCUCAGAAGGAAGACAGAUCAGGAUGGAGAAGUUGUGCGUCUCACUGAUGUCAAGGAUUUUCCAGCCAUUUUCUGGUUGAUAUCAGUUGUCUGUGUUACUUAUUAUGUGGCUGUGUUCCCAUUUAUUGCUCUUGGAAAGGUAUUUUUUGAACGCAAAUUUGAUUUUACACCUGACAAUGCAAAUACAGUGAACAGUAUUUUGUAUAUAAUAUCAGCUGUGGCAUCACCUCUCCUUGGCCUCCUUGUGGAUAAAGUUGGCAAGAAUGUGUUCUGGGUGUGUAUGUCAAUUCUGGUGACCAUUGGCUGCCAUUCACUUCUUGCUUUCACCUACGUCACCCCAUAUGUUGCAAUGUCUAUCCUAGGUGUAGCCUACUCAAUGCUUGCCAGUGCUCUCUGGCCAAUGGUUGCACUUGUAAUUCCAGAAUAUCAACUGGGAACAGCAUAUGGCAUUGCUCAGUCAGUUCAGAACCUUGGCUUAGCUGUGAUCACGCUUGUAGCUGGCAACAUUGUGGAUUCUGCUGGCUAUCUUCUGCUAGAAGUGUUCUUCUUAGGCUUUCUGUUCCUUGCCCUUCUCACAUCUGUUCUCAUUUGGCUCCUUGACAGAAAGUCUUCAGGCAUACUCAAUAUGACUCCUAGGCAACGGGAAGUGUUUGAAAGAAGUCAAUUAGCUGCUGAGGCCCUGGAACGUGAGAAACUGCUUGCAUCUGGCUCCAUGUCUGACAUCACACCUCAUGAUCUGCUUCAGCCCCACUCAGACUUCCACAUUCGGAACCGUUACCUCUCUCGCAUUGGAGCACCGUUGCCUUCCAACUACAGUGUGAACAUGAAGGGCCUGGCAUACAGAGCACUAAGAUAAAAUAGGUUCUGGAAUAGAAUUGUGGUGACCUGUAGAUUUCAAGAAAUGGAUAACGUCUGAUUGAGUUACUGUAGUGUGUAUCUAGGUUAAUGUUCUUCCUGAAAACUGUGAUAAAAUGUUUUAAUCUCCUGUGGAGGUACUGGAAAGAAAACUGCUGUUCCUAUUUUAGCACAUAUGUGUAUUAACUUAUUGAUGAUUCCAAGAAAAAAUAACUACUGUGGUAUAAAGUGCAAGAAACUCAUCUGCUACCUGAAGUAAAUGUGUAAUUACUUAUUUGAUGUUGAGAAACAAAUUUUACUUUCCACACACUCAGUACAAAUGUUAUAUUUGAGGUUCUUACAGCAGUAGGAUCAUUGAAGGUUAUAGUGUGGGGGCCGGUUUUUAUGGCCCACACCUUACAUACAUUACAUUCUUACAGCAGUAACUAUGAAGAGUGUGUUCUGGGAUGCAGAUCCAAAGGAGACAGAAAAAUGUAUUCACUACUUCCAGUCUAGAAAAGGUUGAACUUGGCGAACUUUAAAAAUUUACUAAUACUCAAUUCUGUAAAGUACACUUAACAUUUUAAAAACAAAUGUAUUAAGAACAACGCAUUCUCCAUGGUCUGUCAUCUGGACAGAAGAAAACUUUAAUUUGAACAUUUCUGCUCCUACAGACCAAAUGACAUAUUGGAAUCCAGAUACUGCAAUAACUCAGUUAAUAAACAAAGAUUUGUUGACAGCUGACAGUAACUUUAAAAACUGUUAGAUACUUCAUACACACAAGGAUGCAGUUUGGGAGAUUCCAGAGGAAAAUGAUGGGAUAGUACUUCAAAUUUGCCACAACUCCUUUCUUCCAUGUCCUUUAACAUUUCAUCAUUCACUAUUAUCUUUCCAUUUGACUCUCCCCUAAGUGAGCAGUGAUACAAUCUGGCUGAUUUACCUGCAGACCAAGAGGCCUCAAGGCCUACUGAACAAGAAACUCUGGUGAAUCUCAGACAGUGAAAAGAGAAAUUUCUGUCUGUUGGAAAUCAGAUUCUGUGUAACCAACUAGUAACCUUUCACUUUACUCACUGAGCUGUCUUUUCUCUGUUGAGAAGUUAUCACUAGGGAGGGGGGGGGGGUAUUCUUGUUAAGAAGUGAGGAAUGACGCUAAGCAACUCACUUCUGUAAAUCACUUGGAAGGUUUUUACACAGAACCGGAAUGAUGGAUCUUUGGCAAACCAAACAGAAAAACCAAGGGAAAGUAAAACUGUAACCACAAAUAAGACUGAAAAUAAUAAAAAUUAAUGAAUAAACCCCCCCCCCCCNAAAAA